AUGGAUCUCCCAGGAGUAGGUGAAAACGUCCAGAACCACGUAUGGAGCAUUUCACCUACUCCCCUUAAGGUUGAAGGGGUUCAGCCUGGUAUCAAGACCUUGGCAUUCACCCACCUGGAUAAGGAUGAGCAAGGAAAUCUUAUUUCGGAUGAUCCCAAUGAUCAAACUUCGGAUCGCGUCAUUAAGUCCAUUCUACGAAACCCAGAUAAUGCUUCUGCGUGUCUUGCCUUGAGUGCCAUGCCUGGCGGAGUUGCUCUACUCGUCGCCAUCUCAAGCUUUCCAUUCUCUCGCGGAAGCUGUCACUGUUCAUCUGCCAACAUCGAUGCUAAGCCUACAGUUGAUCCCCAGUUCUUCGCUAAUGAACUGGACAUUGAGACCAUGGCCCGCCAUGUGCAGAACCUGUACAAGUUGAGCAACGCUCCAACUUUCCAGGAUAUCAUCCAACCGCUCGAAGUGCCACAGUUGGAAACUAUCAAGAGCACACUGCGUGGGGGAAGUGCCUUGGCUACUCAUCAUUCUUGUGGAACUGCAGCUAUGCUUCCUCGUGAGGCUGGGGGCGUGGUCAAUGAAAACCUUCGAGUCUAUGGAACCAAGAAUGUGCGCGUGGUAGACGCUAGUGUCUUUAUCCCACACGCGAACCCAAUGUCAACUGUAUACGCAGUCGCUGAGAAGGCUGUUGAUAUGAUGAAUGAGCCUGAUGUCUCUGAGUACUGA